AUGGCUGAUGAAAAAUUAGUUGACAUCUUUGAAAUCUCCAGAAUGUUCAUGUAUCCAUGGCUGGAAUAUCCAGACAGGACCAAAGAAUUUAGAAAAGCCAUGGCUCCUGUUCACCUGCCCUUGUCCUGCUACAAGACGCCAAAGGAAGAGCUUCCCCCAAGUCCGGAGCACUGGAGGCAGCAUCUGAACAAGCCAAACGCAGUCCCCUACUGCUACUCCAAGAAACCUGAGAUCUACACACAUUGGCACACCUUAUAUGACCAGAGAAAAGAACAGGAGACCCAGAAAAUGUUACUGAAAAUGAGAGGCCAUCCUGAGUAUGCUCUGAACCUCGAAGACAGUAACCAAAAAUUCCACCUCCCCAUGAGCAAGUUGACUGUAAAAUCUCAGGUGGGAUCUGGGCCGUUAGAUCCUAACAGGGAUCCUCUGAAGUGGCAAAGAUUAAAGGAGCUCACAAAAACCUUGAAAUUGCCUAGAGAAGAUGAUCAGUUCUAUGCAACACAGGCUCUGGGGUACCAUGGCAUCAAUGACAAGUUUAUUAUGAAGGCACUAUGGCAGGUGGCCCAAACUGGUCCAAAGAAAGUGAAGUAUGAGGCUUAUCGAACCCUGGCCAUCCUGGGCUGCCUGAAUAUGCAUGUGAUCCAGGCUCUCAUCAAACAACUAAAGGAGGAAAGUGAGGGUCACGGGAUGGAGACUCUGACAAGGCUACGAGUGGCUCUGAACUCCUGGGCUGCUGUCCCUGAAGACAAGAGGACUCAAGUUGGGAAUGAAGAAGAGCUGGUACUUGUGCUGCAGACACUGAUAAAGUCCUCAGGUGAAGCAGCCCUCGAAGCAGCCCUGUGCUUGGGAUUCCUGAGGCCUCGUAGUAACAUGGCCCAAGAGUUCUUGCUGCAGUGCCUGUGCCAAGGGACCAAGACCCAGCAGAUGAAGGCACUUAGGAUGCUAGUCAAGAUCAUGCAUGUGCACUCUGCUGUAGUCACCAGGGCCAUUCUGGCCCAGAUAUGUUGUUCUAGUGUCAUUGAGGUAAGCUCUGGACUGCCUUGUAUCCUUCCUUCCUCGAUACUAGGACAGAGUUGGGACAUGAGAAAGGGGACCUAUCUUUCACAUUUCCCCCCCAAACAGGACCGCUUUGAAGCCACUCAGAUGCUCAGGACCAUUGGGCUGGAAAAGAUCAAGGCACAGGGGCUAGAGAAACUCACAUUUGACCUGCUCAAGUGGAAGACACAUUACGAACCUUUCUUAGCUAUGAGGCAAGCUGUGGCUGAAACUGUGGAAGAGUUCAAAAUGAAGCCAAUGAUGAUGAACUUGGUGGAGGCGCAAUUAAUGAACCCAGAUGCCACUGCUUGCCAGCAAGCAAUCAUCUCUUUGGGUGUCCUGGGGAUCUGCGGCCCACAAGUAUUCCACUUGCUCCUGGACAUGCUAGAUGCAGAGGAGAACCAGGCUGUGAAGAAAAGUCUACAAGAAACAUUAAUCAUUUGGGCCUCAAUUGAUCCCUGGAUCCAAAAGAAGCUAAAGAACAAGGUUUUCUUUGUCUAUGAGGCACCUAAAACCAACAUGAAGACAGAGCCUAUAAGGUUCCGGAAGGACCCUGAGAACCCAGAAGAGUUAAAUAUCCAAGACGUUCAACUUGCUAAGUUGAAUCCUUUUACAAAGGCCAGCACCACGGUAGAAAAAAAGAAAAACUUUCCUGACUUCCCAUUCCAUCUCUCUAAACCACAAAAACAAAAGCCACAGACCAUAGGGCCCUGGCAUCCAAAGAUCAGGCAACAGCUCUGGGCCCUUGCUGAAAUCUAUAAAUAAGUCACCUCUUUGGGCCUACUCACCUCCUGAGGAUAGUUCUCAUGCUUCUCUGAGAUAAUCCAUACUUACUUUGCAUGAAUAAAUGAGUGUCACAAUACCUACCGCCUCUGAGUCACUACUGCUGUUCCUGUCAUGAGAAGGUACACCAGAACCCAGGUCUCCUGGCUCCUGGAUGGAUGUUCUUUUCACAGUCACAUGUCCUUUCAUCAGAGGAAAGAAGGAGAGAGAGCCAAAGCUUCCCUGGAAGAUCAGCCUAUCUCCCUAAAUAAAGUCCUUGUCUGAGCACAGAAUUUGAUGACAAAGCCAGGCAACUGACCCUCUGUCUAAAGGGAGCUGCUGAGGAAAAAAAAGGGGGUGAGAAGGUUGGGAAUAUUGGUUCUUGGACCAUUUCUUAUUAACUUGACCCCCCCCCCACACACAUACACACACCUAUCCACCUCUUUAAGCUCAUCAGGAGAUAAUUUAGCUUCAAUCAGAGCCAAAUAAUUUCUCUACAGUAUCUGCUACCUAGCUACCUACAUGCUUUCUACUUACCUCAGGGUCAUUCCCUUUAAGAGAUUUGAUUUACACUGCAAAAUGACAUUUCAGUUUCCCUUGGCUAACAGGACUGACAACCCCAAUCCCAACAAGCUAUAACCCUAUCAAGAAAUGUCCUGGAGGAGGAGGAUGCCUCAGAUGAAACUUGCAGGGUGAAAGAGUUAACCACCUAGGAGUAGCAGUAUGUGCCUAGAAGCUCAGCUACUAGGGAGGACA